AUGUCUAACUUGGUUUAUCAAUAUUUUUUGAAAAAAACCGAACUUGAUCAUAUUGUGAAUGUAGGGGGACCAGAAGAAGACCCGUAUUUUGAAGAGAUUCCAGAGGAUGAUUUACAUUUUUACCAACGUAAGGGUGCUAAAAGAAAGAGAAGGUUGCCUGAAUUCAUCCCAAAGCACGAUUUGCUAAUCUUGGAAUCUAUUAAAAAAAAUGCAUAUAGAUUAGACUUGCAACUAAGCUUCUGUGGAUUUAGACUCGGAUGGGCUGGAAUAAUUGGAUUAAUUCCAUGGAUAGGUGAUAUUAUUGCUGCUUGGUUUGCCUAUAGAUUAGUAUCGAAAGCAUCAGAUAUUGAGGGAGGAUUACCUCCAUCGGUACGCCUGAAAAUGAUGGCAAACGUUGCGUUUGAUUUUGGUAUUGGAUUAAUUCCAAUUGUUGGUGAUUUCAUCAAUAUCAUGUACAAAUGUAAUUCUAGAAAUUUUAUCAAUUUAGAGAAAUAUUUGGUGAAGAAAUAUUCCAAACAUGCACCUGUGCCAGUAACUGCAACGAAUCCCGCUAAGCUGAAAGAGCUACGUGGGAAUAAUUAUGAUGCUGGUAAUGGGUUACGUGAAAAUAAUCCGAAUGCUGGCAAGAGAAUCCAAGAUGAUACACAUGAACUUGUGUGA